AUGGCGCGAAACGAAAGCCGCAACAUUUAUAGAAUUAGAUGCAGCGGAGAAAAUUCCAAGAGCAAUUUACCCACCACACAUGAAUCUGCAAGAGAGAAUGUUCUUCUCAAGGUAGCCUGGUAUGGUUCCGAGCUUCUGGGGGUUGCCGAUUCUUAUCUCCGACCGCCCUCUAAGGUUGAAGAAGCUGCCCAGAAAAAUCUUGAGCUUGGCCUAGAUGGACCAGGAGCUAUUGAUCGUACUGCAGUCGUUCAAACCAUCAAAGAUGACUUCGAAAUAAAGGAGGGAAGUUACAACACCUUUUCUGUUGAAAUCAGGGCAACUUACACUCGAUGCAUUCGAAGAGAAUCCUUCAAAGGGCUUAGACGUUUCAAAAGGAAUUGCACAAACUUUGGAUCUCUUAUUGAAAAGUCAAAUAUGAAACUAAUGAAGUGGGAGGACUUUGAGGACAAAGGAGUGGGACACUGGAAAUUUAGUUGCGUAAUGUCAUUUCCUUGGAGGCUUAUUCUUUCUGCUACUGGAUACACAGAGUAUUUUUUUGAUGAACAAUAUGGAAAAGUUUGCAGGUACUUUUCUUUAUGGAAUCUUCCCAAAAUGGCGUUGUUGAAGCAACUUUUGAGACCGACUCGAGCAUUCUGGCUUAAGGAAAAAACAGCUAAAGAUUGUGAAGAAUACAUGUCGAUGAUGAAUACAGAUCCUUGGGGUAGUCUGCUUAUCGCACCAUUCACAUCCUCCCGUUGUCAAAAGAUCGGCCUCGAGCAACCGAUGAAAAAUAACAGGAAGGGGAAGACUGAUAUGAAAGACAAACGUCUCAUCUAAACUGGGUUGGAAUUAGUAUAUUUCAUUUCUUGAUCGGUAUCGAGUCAAAUUGCAUCAUGUAUCAUGUUUCACUACUUCAGGAACUAAUGAUGCAGAUUUAAUGUUUCCAGAGUAAGAUGGAAUGUUGUACAAAUAGCCUUAUCCCAAAACUAAAGUAGACAAAUCAUGUUGUGACUAUCCAACAUAAUGUAAUGUAUGUUUGCUGGUCUACUCAGUCCUUAUGAUAGUAAUGAAACUCGAAUUUGACA